AAUCGUUUUUAAUACAGCGUCAGUUUGCACAAGGUUCGCGUCGGUGAUAAACGGAUUUUAUUUUAAUUUAUAAUAAGAAAAUCAUGUUUAAUUAUUUUUUUACGAUUGCGAUAUUUUUCGCUUUAAACAGCUAUCAAUGUUACGCUAGAGUGGCCCCGGAUUUCAUUAAAAUAUGCCCCGGGCAAAAGUCGGAAUGUUUGAAGAGUACUGUACAGGAGACGAUACCGAUUUUCUCGAAGGGUAUUCCGUCCCUAAAUAUAGAACCGAUAGAUCCACUGAAACAGGAUAAAGUGGUCGUGGAGCUUCCGGGGGGUUUUAAAGUGGAACUCUUGAAUGGAACUGUGACGGGCUUUAGAAAUUGCAUCGUGGAUUCUGUCAGUUACAACGAUGAAGAAGCUGAAAUGAAAUUCCACUGUAAUUUGACGAUCAAAGGAAAAUAUAAAGCUAAGGGACAAAUUUUAAUUGUAUCAAUAAAUGGAGACGGAGACGCGAAAAUUAAAAUAACGGACGUAGCACUAAUGUUAAAGGUUAAAUUUGAAGAUGUGGAACGAGAUGGCGAGGUUUAUCAGGAAGUUAAAAGCUACUCGUUGGAUUAUAAAAACGAGGGAAGAGUUACAUUUUUCUUGACGAAUCUGUUCAAAGGGAAUCCCGAAAUUAGCAAAGCCGUUUUGUCGUUCAUCAAUGAAAAUUGGAGGCAACUAACUGAAGAGUUCGGAAAGCCAGUUGUCGAUGAGCUGGUCCGUUUAGUAUUCGAAGUUGUGAAAAAAUUCUUUACUUCGAUCCCUAAGAAAGAACUAUUUGUUGAUUAAAUGACUAUUUAAAAGA